UGGAUGUAUUAAAUGAAAUUCAAACAUAUAGGAAACCUCUCGUUGGUGGUUUACAAUGCGCUAAAUAUUUGUGAAUUAAGCAUAUUUUGUUACAAAUUGUUCAGCGAGAGAGCGAUCCGCGGCAUGGCCCGCGGCGUUUUAGGUUUUGGGCUCUGUAGGUUCAGUUUCUCCCGCCAACUUGACGCGCCGGCUUGAACUGUCGUGGUUGCCGAGUUCCCGCUUAAUUUUGGUGCAAUGGACAUAACGUGCCUAAUUAAUCGUGGGCCGUCGAGCUACGUGCUCACCGUGUCUGGCGACCACAAACUGGAAGACCUAAAGGAUGCAAUGGCAGUACACUCAUCGCUGCAGUUUGUUGAACACGACGCUAUCCUGCAGGUGCAUCACAAAACUUUCAACACAUUUGUAAAUGUGGAUGAGAACACCACACUAGAAGACAACUGCAUCAUUAGGGUUCUUGAUGUAUGCAUAAUUGCUGACGGAUCAUCAGAGGAAGCCGUAAGCCUGAAUUCCUCGCUCAGUAGUGAUGCUAUCUCAUGCAAUGAGGUGACCACUGUGAUCUCCAGCUCACAAUGCAACAGUGCAAAAGGAAGGCUGCAGUUUUCCUUUCCAAAGACACCCAUUGAUAUAGAUGCUCGUCUGUGCUGCUGCAGACAGACAGAGGUCCCAGAGAAUCUCCGACGAAGAAUAGCUGAUUGGUUAUGGUUUGAACUCUCUCAGUACACAUUGUACCCUGGCCGUCUGUAUGAUACAGCUGCGAGGGAGCUUGUUCAGGGCUAUCCUCAGCUAAGAGAUGGCUUUGGUGAUGGACAUAUGUCAUGGCAGACAGCAUUAAGGUACAAAGGAAAAAACACGCGCAAGAAAUUGCCUGCAGGCAUUAAAGAAGUGGAUGAGCUGCGGGAAAAAGUGAAAAGGCGCAAAGCUUCAAGCACGUGCGAGGAAGACAGCAAUACUAAAACGGCCAAGGUCCAUGUAAGAAAGUCUUCUUUCUGGAACGGUGCUUUCAAUGAAGGGGAAGACGAGAAGAGCACUGAAGCACAUAUUGACAUAAUGAAGAAGGAGAUGCGCGUGGCCGGUGGGAAUGCAGACAAGAUCCGAGAGUCUAUGCAUAAGACUUUUCGCAAGCGUAGGACUUUCAUAGAAGUGGAAAAACCAGCCGUCACAGAUUUGCUCCAGAUAUACCCAGCAUUGAGUCUUGAAAGAGAGCUGCUGAACGAGUUCCAUCGGCUGACAGGUGUGAAUGCAAAAGAAAGAAUAAAUGCGUUUAUGGAGAAAUAUGGGCAGAGAAUCUUGGCACUGGCACCCAAGAAAAAACGCCCACUGGGAGAAGACCCGGACGACGCUUAUUACUAUACUGUAUCUGUGCUGAUGUCCCUGCCUCGUUUGGCCAAGGAAGACCCCAGUGCCAUUAUUGCACAGCUGGUAGGCACACAUUUUUGUAGACGUCUAGCCUCACUUCAGCUAUUUCUUCAUUCACGUCUAACUUAAUAUGCUCGUAGGUAUUCUCCAGCAUUCAUUGUUCUGACUAGAUCUAUUUCUACAAAGCACAUUUCCAUGAAGUCACUAUCCUUACAUGUCAUUAUUUUUUGAACUUUUAUUUUGAAAGUACUAUCUUUACCUUGGCCAGAAACAAAACUGCUUUUUACAACAUGCUUUUACAUGGUAUUUGAGCCAA